AUGGCUCCUUCCAUCAUUCCCCUGAGCAUUCCAUGCUCUCCUCUUAAAUCCCAUUUUCUAGGGGGAAACCGCUUCUCCCAUCAUCUUCACAAACCCCGUUUAACAAUUCAUAAACAGCCAUCAACCCAACACCUAACAACAUGCGCCAAAUUUGAUCUAUUCCAAAUCAUGGGAGGCAGAGGACUCUGCAACGGAGAAAAGGGUCUUCAACAGGAGCUAAAGAGAGACAUUGAAGAACAAGCAUCCGCAGCCGCUGCUGCUGCAAAGCAUGAAAAAUCAGGUAAUAUUGAUGCGAUAUCAACAAUGGAUCAUAGUUUUCCAGAAAACGCUUUUGAAAAGGAGCUGAUGGGGCUAACUGGGGGAUUUCCUGGUGGUGAAAAAGGUCUGAAAACAUUCAUAGAAAGAAAUCCACUCUCGAUGCCUGGUAUGAUUUCCACUGAAGAACCCUAA